ACUAGCGUUAAAAAAAAAGAAGAAAAAGCUUUAUUGCAAUGCUGUUCGAAAUAAAUUCAAAUUAUACAGGAGAAUUUAUCCGUAAUCACGCGCCACUGAAACGAGGAAAGUAGAAAGCGUUAGCAGUGAGAAGAAUUGAUUCAUUAGAUUCAGAAGAAGAGAAGAAUGAGCGAGAAAGAGGCUGUGGCGGAAGUGAAGGAAUGGCUUGCGAAGACGUUCGAAGGCGUUGGGAAACCCGUUCCGGAAUUCGAAUACACACCGCGCAGCGUCUCGCAUUUGCACCAUCUCAUCACUCUUUCUAAAGCCAAAGACGAGGCCGCGCGCCUUGUAGCUCGUGAUUUCCGCCUCAAGGCCUCCGAGUACCGAUCCCAAGCUGCGAGGAUUAGGGAGAUUUUGGAGAAUGUGGGCUUAGCGCAGGAGAGCCUGCCCUCCAAUGUGGUUACAUCAGCACAAGUUCUAGCAAAUGUGGCCAACUUGUUGAAUAUAAGAGAUACUGAAAUGAGUAGCUUUCUUGUAGCUAUGGGUGAUAUUUCCCUAAGGAAGACUGGAGUGGAGGAAAAAAGGGCUGAAGUUAACAAGGAAUCCAAGCUUCUACUUGAUUACACUAGAAAGGCAAUAGCCAGGCUAACAUAUUUGAAAAGAACACUUGCUCAGUUAGAAGAUGAGGUAGCUCCAUGUGAGGCUCAGAUGGAUAAUUGGGCUACAAAUUUACAAGUAAUGGCUGCAAAAGAAAGACAGUACGUGCAACAAUGUGCCAACUACAAGGCGGUGCUGAAUCAUGCAGGUUAUACCCCCGAGGUUAGCCAUAGGGUUUUGGUUGAAAUGGCUGAGCAUAGAAAGGAGCUAGAGAAGAAAACUAAGCCCAUCCUUGAUACUCUGAGGAGUUACCAAGAUUUGCCUCCGGAUAAAGCUUUGGCUGCCUUAGCAAUUGAGGAUAAGAAAAGGCAGUAUGCUGAUGCUGAGAAGUAUCUUGAAGAUGUUUUGCAAUCAGCUCUUGCCAGUUCUGAGUGACAUAAUACUACAAUUUUUAAAGCCUUUUUCUUUGUAAAUUUUCUUGCUUUCAAGAUUCUGAUUUUCAACCUCACUAAAGUUAUCUAUGGACAAGAGUCACUUAAGUUGGCUGCCAGGAUGGAAUCAGGUUAGGUAGAGUUGAAUAUCAAAUUGCGUAUCAUGCAGCCAUCAUCCAAUUCACUGGACAUAUUGUUGCAUAUAAUUCUUUCACAUUUUUAUCUUAAAAUAAAAAAUUUGAAUGGUGAGGAUCACAAUGGUUUGCAGAGAGUCAUGAACCUUGCUAGGCACUGAUAUAUAGUUGUAAUCUUAUGUUUAAUCAAUGAUGAUGAUCGCUAGCAUUAGUUGUAA